CUGCGCCCCACCUCCAUCGAGAAGGAGAUCUUCCCGGCCAUGGCGCAGGAGGGGCAGCUCUACGCCAUGGAGCUGCAGGGUAAGGCCGUGCACAUGGUGCAGGCAGCAUUGGGGGUGUCUUGCCUNNACCUGCAGGCGCUGCGGGCUCAGCACCCCGAGAAGCUGCACUCGGGGCCGGGUGUUGUAGGGAACGUGCUGGUGGACCCCAGUGCCAAGAUUGGGGCAAACUGUGUCAUCGGCCCCAACGUGACAAUCGGGGCCGGCGUGGUGGUGGAGGAUGGGGUGCGCAUCAAACGCUGCACCGUGCUGAAGGGGGCCCGCAUCCGCUCCCACUCCUGGCUGGAGUCCUGCAUCGUGGGCUGGAGCUGCUCUGUGGGGCAGUGGGUGCGCAUGGAGAACGUGACAGUGCUGGGCGAGGAUGUCAUC